AUGAUACGCUUGGGACAUGCUAUACGUUACUCGCAUUUUAUUGGGCAACAAAUGCUUUCUGCAGAACCUGCUGACACACAACUACCCUCCUUGGAUAGUGUGGACACACGUUUGCUGCAGGCAAAACUUCAGGCAGCUGAGCUUGCCUUGGCUAAUGCCCAGCGGCAGGCCGACUACUGGAAAGGCCAGUACGAGAGAAAGAAGGCGCAGGGACUUGGUCUGAAUACACUGGAAGACCCCCAGGACUGCCAGUAUUACACUGGUCUGCCGUCGAGUGGGGUGUUCUAUCUUCUUUUUGGCCACCUGGAAAAGGUGCUGUCAAAAUCGAAGAAGGGACCUGCACCUUGCCAGACGCUUGCCGAGGAAUUUUUAAUGGUGCUUGUGCGCCUCAGGACAGGAAUGCCGGUUAAGGAAGUUGCCCGCAAUUUCAACAUGUCUAUUUCGCAGUUCAGCAAAGUUUUUUCUAGGUGGAUUUUGUUUUUGCAGAAAGCACUGAAGGACAUAACGAGAUUUCCAACGCUUGCAGAGGUGGCUGAAAAGCAGCCUAAAUGCUUCAGGAAUUUUCCCGACACAAGAAUUGUCAUAGAUGGCACUGAAAUUAAAAUACAAACACCGUCCUCCAUGAAUGCUCAGCGGCAGACAUUUUCCCCGUAUAAGCACGGGAACACCAUGAAAGUACUCAUUGGUGCCACGCCCGAUGGGUAUAUAAACUUUGUCUCAAAAGCCUGGGGCGGGUCAGUGAGUGACAGGGAGAUGGUCCUUCAGAGUGGUCUGUUUGCCUUGCUUGAGCCCGGGGAUGCAAUCAUGAUGGAUAAAGGUUUUAAAGUUUUUGACCUUCUGCCACCCGGUGUUAGGGCAUAUAUGCCUCCUUUCAAUAAGCCUAGCAAGGGCCAAAUGAGCAAGGAAGAUGUCAACAGCACCCGAAAAAUAGCUAGUGCACGGGUGCACAUAGAGCGCGUCAUUCGGAGGAUAAAAGAAUUUCAUAUCCUGGACAGUGGGUACCCCGUGAACAUGACGGACAUAGGCGACGCAGUUUUGCAAACAUGUGCAUUUCUCUGCAAUUUUAAGCAUCCACUUAUCGCAGAAGGUGAUAGGGAGCAUAGCUACUAA